GUGGCAGCAGGAGUCACCACUGUCGGAAAGCAGAACAUCCGAGGAUGAAGGGAUAACCACAGCGUGGUCCAUCUGCACAGCAGAAUAUUACUCAGCUGUAAAGAAGGAAGAAGGUCUGGCACCGGCCACAGCACAGGUGGACCUCGAGGACAUGAUGAGCAAGAGGAACCAGCUGCACAGGCCGCGUGGCAUGCGAUCCACUAUGUGGAAUGCCCAGGACAGGCAGACUUGUGGAGACAGAGUGGAUUAGUGGCUGCCAGGCACUGGGGGGUGGGACAGGGAGAGACUGCUGAUUAGGAUGGGGGUCCCUUUGGGAAGAUGGAGACGCCCUGGGUCCAGGCAGGAGUGAUGGUUGCACACCCUCCUGAAUGCACUAAAUGCCACCAAGUCGUGCACUUUCAGGGGUGAAUUGUAUGGUGUCUGAGUCAUCUCACUGUCUAAAGGUAUGUGGGCAGGACUCAUGGGUCCUGAGGGGAGCGAAUGAGCCAGUGGGAGGGAGAUGCCCCCAUGCUUUAGAUGGCAGUGCCCCCCCAUGGGCUCCCCCGAGGGGUGCAGCCACAGCUCUGAGAGCCAUAAGCACUUCUGGAAGAACAACAGGCCAGUGACCAGUCAGCUCAUGGUCACGCCUGUCAUCUCACUAAGAGCAAGGAAGGCUGUGUUGUAACAGCAGGGCCUCUAAGCCUCGGGUCACUGGGCUAAAACCUGUGUUUCAGGUGCUUUUGUACAUGGUGCUUCCCGACCUCUGCCAUAAGUUUCUGCCAGGCUACGUGGGUGGCGUUCAAGAGGGUGCCGUGACCCCUGCAGGGGUUGUCAACAAGUAUGAAAUUAAUGGCCUGCAAGCGUGGCUCAUCACACACCUCCUGUGGUUUGCAAACUCUCACCUCCUGUUCUGGUUCUCGCCCACCAUCAUCUUCGACAACUGGAUACCACUGCUGUGGUGCGCCAACAUCCUCGGCUAUGCCGUUUCCACCUUCGCCAUGGUCAAGGGCUACUUCUUCCCCACCAAUGCCCAAGACUGCAAAUUCACAGGCAACUUCUUUUACAACUACAUGAUGGGCAUUGAGUUUAACCCUCGGAUUGGGAAGUGGUUUGACUUCAAGCUGUUCUUCAAUGGGCGCCCUGGGAUUGUCGCCUGGACCCUCAUCAACCUGUCCUUUGCAGCCAAGCAGCGGGAACUCUACGGCCACGUCACCAACUCCAUGGUCCUGGUCAACGUCCUGCAGGCCAUCUACGUGCUGGACUUCUUCUGGAAUGAAGCCUGGUACCUGAAGACCAUCGACAUCUGCCACGACCACUUCGGGUGGUACCUGGGCUGGGGGGACUGCGUCUGGCUGCCGUACCUCUACACGCUGCAGGGUCUGUACCUGGUCUACCACCCUGUGCAACUGUCUGCCCCGUACGCCGUGGGUGUCCUGUUGCUGGGCCUGCUGGGCUACUACAUCUUCCGGAUAGCUAACCACCAGAAGGACCUGUUCCGCCGCACGGACGGGCGCUGCCUGAUCUGGGGCAGGAAGCCUGUGGUCAUCGAGUGCACGUACACAUCAGCAGAUGGGCAGAAACACCACAGCAAGCUGCUGGCGUCGGGCUUCUGGGGCAUGGCCCGCCACCUCAACUACACGGGCGACCUGAUGGGCAGCCUGGCGUACUGCCUGGCCUGCGGCAGCGAGGGCCACCUGCUGCCCUACUUCUACAUCAUCUACAUGGCCAUCCUGCUGUCCCACCGCUGCCUGCGGGACGAGCACCGCUGUGCCAGCAAGUACGGCGGUGACUGGGCACGCUACACCGCCGCCGUGCCUUACCGCCUGCUGCCCGGGGUCUUCUGACUGACCCCCGGGGGGGCCCCAGUGCAGGAGAGGCUCUGCGGCUGGGCCCCAGGAGCCUCCAUUUCCUCACCCGUAAAACCGAGCUAGCCCAUCCUGGGCAGGUGUCUCCGUCAGUGUGCUGUUCUGUCCCCUUGGCACGGGGGCUUCUGAGGGUCUGUGCCAGCAAAAUGACCAGCUUCCUCUGUUCGGUGUUUGAGGGCAGGAGGGUGACCUGGUCCGCUUGCCAACUGUGAGGACAGUGUUUCUCUGUAUUGGAGCCCCAGCUGCCGCGCUGCCCAGACCCGACUGGCGUGAACGCUCUUGGGCUGCCAUCCCAGGCCAGACCACAUUCUGCUAAGGGCAUGGAAGGAGGUGGAUGGAGAAGAUCACAUCAGCCACAGGUCCACCUUCGUCACCUGCUCUGCCAUAAUGAGCUGGACCUGUCAAAAGUGCCUCCUUUGGGCGCGGGACAUUGCAUUUGUCUUAGUGGGCGCAGGGUGCAGCACAGGGAGGGGCCUUCUGCUUCAGGAGGGGACAGCCAGCGGCCAGGCCCGCAGCCUGCAUACCCUACGGCCGGGCCUCCCAGGCUCUGCUCCCCCCAGGCGUCCAGCAGCCGGUGCACCCUGCUGGUGCCGAGUCCAACAAGUCUGAGUCCCACUCUUGGGUGGGGUCCCUUUGAAGUGUUCUUACCGUGGGCACUUUCCCUCAACCCUAGGAUUUUCUUGAAAGCUCUCUUUGAAUGUCACUGCCCUGGAAGGGUUUGUGGUUCUUUCUAUUAAACAUUCCUGUGCAAACUUCA